AUGAAUUUUUUUGAUUUCAGCCACAGCAAUCGUGUUGUUGUGAAAUUUUCUAUGCGUUUUCUCUUGAUGGGUCUUGCAUUUCCUCUCAUUUUCUCGAGUGCCAUACAGUUUUCAUCUGCUGUGGGCACUCGGAGAAAAAUUCUUUUGGACCAAACGUUAUCACCUGCUAUGUCUCCUACACCUGCUAUGUCUCCUUCAGAUUUCUACUGUGUGUGUGUGUGUGUUGGUAGGGGUAAUAUUGAUUUGUUUCACAAUGUUGUUGCAGGUAAAUGUGAUCUUUUUAAGGGGGAUUGGGUUGUAGACCCUUCAGGCCCAGUUUACACCUACGUGAGCUGCCAAUGGAUCGAGAGUCAUACUAAUUGUAUGAAAAAUGGGCGGCCUGAUACUGGGUAUCUUCACUGGAGGUGGGCUCCACAAGGCUGUGAUUUACCCAAGUUUGAUCCAUACGGAUUCCUUGGUCUGAUGAGGAACAAAUCAUGGGCCUUCAUUGGUGAUUCCAUUAUGGGUAAUCAAGUACCCUCUUUGCUUUGCCUUCUCUCACAGGUGGAAAAUCCAGUUAUGGUCUACCAUGACAAGCCAUACCACAGCAGGACAUGGAAUUUUCCAUGUCACAACUUCACUGUUGCAGAAAUUUGGGCCCCUUACCUUGCAAAAUCGGCUAUUUUUGAAGACGACAAUGGAGUUUCAUCAGAUUAUAACCAGCUUCAUCUCGAUGAACUCGAUCCAGCAUGGACCGAACAGUACAACAAAUUCGAUUAUGCAGUCAUUUCUGGUGGAACCUGGUUCUUCAAAGGUGUAAUCUACUACAAAAACAACACCAUUAUUGGCUGCCAUAACUGCCCUGGGAAGAACAUUACAGAAUUAGGGUUCGACAGUGCAUAUCGUAAAAUACUACAGCUAGCUUUCAACUUCAUCACAAGUUCAGAGCACAAAGCCUAUGUGUUCUUCAGAACCAUCGCACCUGAUCACUACGAGGGUGGAGAGUGGAACAAGGGGGGCUAUUGCAACAGAACAGAACCAUUCAAAGAAGGUGGAGUUAAGAUGAAUGACCUAGAUAUGAUAAUGCAUAAUAUAGAGAGAGAAGAAUUUGAUAGCGCAAAUGCCUUGAGAUCGAAAAAUGGGAUGACUCUGAAACUGUUGGACACAACCCACCUUUCUUUACUGAGACCUGAUGGACACCCAGGAUUUUACAGACUUUUCCAUCCAUUUGCCAAGACCAGAUAUCCUAAAUUUCAGAUUGAUUGCUUGCAUUGGUGCCUACCUGGACCAAUGGACACUUGGAAUGAUUUGAUGAUGGAAAUUUUAGUAAAUGGUUGACAAUUAAAAGAUAACCAGAACCAAUAUUUUGUUUGCCUUAAUUGUAGGUGUUUCGGAAAUUUUGGUUUACCAUAUAGUUCUAAUGAAUUAGACAUAAUAUUCUUGUACUUGACUCGAGUCGUGUUAUGGACUUGACCUAGCAAAGUUAAGAUUUGGCUUUAAAUUAUUAAUUUGAGUAAAUCUCAGGGGGAUGUCAGUGGACUUUAUCCUUAUU